AUGCUAGGCCUGCCUGCUGGUGGGGAAAGCCACCUUCCCAACUUCAGCUGUGGGAAGAAGAAGAACCUGCUGGCCAUUCUUGAAGGAAGUGAAUCAGAAGUGUCCACUCUCAUUUCUGCCAUGUCAGGCAUCUACAAGAUUCCUCAGAUCAACGAGAAUCCCAGGCUCUUACCCAACAUCACUCUGGGCUACGACAUCUAUGAGAGCCAUUUUGAUGCCAGGACAACUUCCUAUGCCAUGCUGGGCCUGCCUGCUGCUUGGGAAAGCCACCUUCCCAACUUCAGCUGUGGGAAGAAGAAGAACCUGCUGGCCAUUCUCGAAGGAACUGAAUCAGACUUCUCUACUCUUAUUGCAGCCAUGUCGGGCAUCUACAAGAUUCCUCAGGUGGUACCUCAUUCCAGGUGUGUGGAAAGCUGUCACCCUGGUUAUGCCAAGGAGAGUCAGGAAGGGAAGCCGCCCUGCUGCUAUGUUUGUGCCCCAUGUGCAGAAGGGACCAUCUCCACUCAUGAAGAUGCAGAGCAGUGCAGCAGGUGUCCUGACGAUCAGCACCCAAACAAGGACCAAGAUCACUGUGUCCCAAAGAAAAUUACCUUCCUCUCCUAUGAGGAACCCUUGGGGAUUCUCCUUGUUUCCUUUGCACUAAUUUGCCUUUUAAGUUCAGGCAUUACACUUGGAAUCUUCAUUAAAUGUGGAGAAACUGCAAUUGUCAAAGCCAACAACAGGAACCUCUCCUACACUCUCCUCAUCUCCCUCCUGCUCUGCUUUUUGUCUUCCUUCCUGUUCAUCGGCCAGCCAAGCAAAGUGACUUGCCUGGUCCAACAAACGGCUUUCAGCAUCAUCUUCUCAGUUGCCACGUCCAGUGUGCUAUCAAAAACCAUCACUGUGGUUCUGGCCUUUCUGGCCACCAAGCCAGGGAACAAGGUUAGAAAGUGGUUGGGAAGAAGCCUUGCAACAGCUAUUGUCAUGUCAUGUUCCAGUGUCCAGGUCGCCAUUUGUUCCAUCUGGCUGGGCUUCUCUCCACCAUUCCCAGACUCUGACAUGCAUUCCCAGACUGGACACAUCAUCCUCCAAUGUAAUGAAGGGUCUCUCUCCAUGUUCUACACUGCCCUCAGCUACAUGGGGUUCCUGGCUGCCAUCUGCUUCAUGGUGGCUUUCCUGGCCAGGAAGCUUCCUGGGGCCUUCAAUGAAGCCAAGCUGAUCACAUUCAGCAUGCUGGUCUUCUGCAGUGUCUGGGUGUCCUUUGUGCCCUCCUACCUGAGCACCACGGGCAAGUACAUGGUGGCUGUGCAGGUCUUCUCCAUCUUGGCCUCCAGCGCUGGGCUGCUGGGCUGCAUUUUCCUUCCCAAGUGCUACAUCAUUGUCCUGAGGCCUGAUCUGAAUACAAAGGAACAUCUCAUGAUCAAAAGCCAAGUUACCACCUGA